AUGAGGGUUUUGCACAGCUUUGUUUCUUCAAUACUCCUCUCGAGUGCAGCGAUUGUAUCUGCUGCUUCCUCGUGGAGCUUUGAAGAUGCUACUGUUUCGGUUACAAGCAAAGGUGCUGGUGUAGGCGGAGGUUCCAAGGACAGCCUGAGCCCUUCGAAGCCGCUCGGAAAGUCUGUCUCACUGGGCGCGACCGACACAUUGAAACUCGUCCUUACCACAGUCGAUGGAGGCACUGCGAAGCGUCCACACCAAGCAUACUUGACUCUGACCGACCCUGUCACUGGCGUAGAAGACUCGUUUGUGUUUAGUGUGAAGGAUAGUGGAAAGGGCAAAGUCGACCUGUCUCACAAGGAUUUACCCCAUCAAUUCUUGACAGCCGAGAAACCAAUUGCUGCUUCCAUUGUCAUUGGAUCGUUCGGCUCAUCCAAGCCGUACAAGAGCAAGAUGUUUGACCUCAACGUCACUCGCGACACCAGCAUUCCUCUAAGCGUCCCCAACCCGCCAGUACGCUACGCCGCCGAGCCCGAGAUUCACCACAUCUUCCGCAGCGAUCCCAAGUCUCCACCAAAGGUCAUAACUCUUGUGUUCGCGGCUGCUGUUGCUGCUGCGCUGCCCAUCCUGCUUGGAGCAUGGGCUACCUUGGGCGCAAAUGUUAGCCAUCUGGGCAAGGCCCUCGGUAACGCCCCUGUAUCACAUGCCCUUUUCUACGGUUCUAUACUGGCUAUGGAGGGUAUCUUCUUCUUGUACUACACGACUUGGAACCUUUUCCAAACCCUGCCAGCUGCCGCUGCCGUUGGAAUCGUUGCCUUUUUGAGCGGCAGCCGAGCCCUGUCCGAGGUUCAGGAGCGCCGACUGGCUGGCUUGAGAUAG